AUGGACGAUCUGAAGUUAUUUGCAAAAUUCGUGAAAGAGUUGGAUAAUCUGAUUCCAGACGUACGAAAGUUUCCGGAAGACAUCAGGAUGGAAUUCGGUUUGGAUAAAUAUGCAACGGUCGAUUUUAAGAAGGGAAAGAUCUGGGAGAGCGACGGAACAACGCUACCGCUUGAUUACGCUCUGUUCCCUGUUCUGUUUGUGUUGUACAUGGAUUGGAGAGUAAAGCGCAACCAAGACGACGAGUAUAUCGAUGUAGGAGAUGCCAGGACGAGAAGAUAUAUGGAGAAGCAGUGGAGUGAGGGAAAAGUCACGUUUCUCGGAGUCAUGUUUACUUAUGAUGGAAAAUGGGAGGAAAAAAUCAACCGAAGAAUUGAGAUGAUCAGCGGUAUUCUGCGUGAACUAGCCCGCACCGUUAUGACUAAAGCAAAGCUGAGUCUGAAGAAUAAGCGCUCGAUGUUCAAGUCGAUAUUCGUCCCAUGCUUAUCUACGAUCGUGAGUCUUGGGCCUUGA